GAAAUUCAAAUUUAUUCCCAAACAUUUGUAUUGUUUUGAAUUUUAAAAUUUAAUAAAAUUAAUGAAAUAUAGAGUAUUUAAAUAAGAUAGGCAUUUAAAGAUAAUAACAGAAUCAAGCAAGAAUGGAUAGUGAUGCUGAGAAGCUAGCAAGUUUAAGAGAUAAAUAUGGACCGUCUGUUAAAAAUUGGCUCUUAAAACAUAAGCCUGAAGAAAGUCAAGAAAAGUACGAGGCUUUUUUAAAAUUUGAUGACAUGCUGUGUGGACGUUUACAGCCAUCAAGAAAAUACAGAGUUGAUAGUAUGGAAAUGAUGCUUAAAAAGAUUUUUCCAAAUGCUGAUUUUAUAGUUCUAAGUGACAGCGAUGAUGAAAACAAUAAUGAAGAAAGUUCACUAUUAACAGAGAUCAUUGUGGAUAAUGAAAAUGCUAUAAAUGAAGAAAUUUCGAAAUGUCUACAUCACGAAUUCAACGACGAUAGCUCUGUUGAUGAUGUUUUGGUGCCACUAUUGAAAAAGAACAUUUCCGAAAAAAAUAUUCCUGUUGAACCGAAGAAAAUAAAAGCUCGAAGACCAUCAAUGUGCGUGCCAUCAAUAGCUGAAUACUCUAUUAAAACACAAAAACUACCGCCAUCAUCAGCAUAUGCCAAGAAGUCUAAAAUAGAUAAACCAGCUCUCUCCUUAAACUACAAAGAAACAAAGCCGAUCGUUAAAGCUCCAUAUGAUCCCAAAGAAGAGGCAAUAAAAUUAAAUAAUAUAAAAGAAAAAAUAUACUGUAAGAAAUUUUUAAAGCUCGAUGAUCAAAAAAAGGAAGUUAAAAACGAGGUGACAGCUAAAAAAGAUGAGAAGGUGACUGUUAAGGAAGAAGAAAAGAAGAAAGCUCAAAAUAAUUCACUAGCUUCAACUUCGUCAGAAGUGAAAUUGCAGAAAAAGUCACCAUUAAAGGUAAAGCAACGUUCAAAUUCCUUGAUCUCUGAAGUUAUUGAAUUGUCAGAAAGUGACGAUGAAUUCAAAAAAAUCCCAAUAUUAAAAACAUGUAGACCUGUCAGGCAAUGCUGGCGACCAGUCUAAGUAUUAACAAUUGGGAUAUUUUGUACUUAAAAAAUUUAAUUUAUAAGUUGAUUUAAUAAUAAAAUAAUAUACAUUGAUAAAAAUA